GACCAGUAGGAGUUUAGAACUUCAGAUAGAGAAGGAAGAUCUGACUCCGAAAAAACCCUCUCUUUUUCUUUCUGUACACCACAAAUUUUCUCGCGAUCCAAACACGUUUCGUCGCUGAGAAAAUCCAAUCGAAUCCAAAAGAUGUCUUCGACAUUCAGCGGUGAUGAAACUGCUCCUUUCUUCGGCUUCCUCGGGGCCGCUGCUGCCCUCGUCUUCUCCUGUAUGGGAGCUGCGUAUGGGACAGCGAAGAGUGGUGUUGGAGUGGCGUCGAUGGGUGUGAUGAGGCCAGAACUGGUGAUGAAGUCGAUCGUUCCUGUUGUUAUGGCUGGAGUGUUAGGUAUUUAUGGAUUGAUCAUUGCUGUUAUCAUCAGCACUGGUAUUAACCCUAAGGCCAAGUCCUAUUACCUGUUUGAUGGUUAUGCUCAUCUUUCCUCUGGUCUCGCUUGUGGCCUCGCUGGCCUCUCUGCUGGAAUGGCGAUUGGGAUCGUCGGGGAUGCCGGUGUUAGAGCUAAUGCACAGCAGCCAAAACUUUUUGUUGGAAUGAUCCUCAUUCUCAUCUUUGCUGAAGCCUUGGCCCUGUAUGGUCUGAUUGUUGGCAUCAUAUUGUCUUCUCGAGCUGGUCAAUCCAGAGCAGACUGAGAAGAUGGUUUUCUUAACCCCAAAAGAACGAAAAAGUUAGAACAGCACUUGCAGGGUUCUUCAAAUUCUUCAGUUUAAAAGUAAUUACCACCCUAUUACAUUCAUUUUGUGGCUAUUCAGUGCUGUUUGUAGAAUAGGCUUUUGAGUUUAUCUGCCGAAUAAAGCUUUGUUAAGUUCUUGUUUGGUUUUAUCUAUUGCUGUACUUUGCCAUUACAACUUCAGACCUCUGGGGACUAUUAUUUUGGAACUAAUGUGUGUAUCAUUUAUUAUUUAUUAAAUAUGGAAUCGACUAUUGUGUGUUUUUUUUUU